AUGGCCGACACAGAACGAAGCCAGAUACCACAGAAGAAUGUCUUUGUUCUCUGUUUCGAUGGCACAGGGAACAAGUUCAGCGGCACCGACGCUGACAGUAACAUCCUCAAGCUUUAUCGCAUGCUGGAUCGUACAGAUCCCGGGAUGUACACAUUCUACCAACCAGGUAUUGGGACAUACGUGACGUCCCACUCGAUUCAAACAACAUCCAUGUUCGGUCGGAUGCGGUCUGCGUACCUCAAGGCCAAAGACUCGGCCGUCGGCUCGUCCUUCGCAGAUCAUGUCAUGGGGGGCUACAAGUUCCUGAUGAGGUACUAUAGCUCUGAGGAUGACUUGUAUUUCUUCGGAUUCAGUCGCGGGGCGUACACCGCUCGCUUUCUCGCUGAGAUGCUUGAUCAUAUCGGCCUCCUCAGUGCUGGAAACGAGGAGUUGAUCAGGUUUGCGUGGAAGACGUACGCCAAGUGGGCCUGUAGGAAGAACGACGGCUCCGAAAAGGCGAUCAAGGAUGAGGAGCAGCAGUAUGAGUUCAUGCGUGGGUUUAGACAAACGUUCAGCCGACCAGUGCGUCGGAUUCGAUUCAUGGGACUUUUUGAUACCGUCAAUUCGGUACCACGGUUCGAGUCGGCCUGGAUGGCGCGUUCCAAGUUCCCUUACACAGCACACUCUUCUGCUAAAGUGAUUCGUCAUGCAGUGUCAAUCGACGAGCGGCGAGCCAAGUUUCGUCAGGACCUGAUCAGUGGCUCUCAGCAACCACAACGAGGGGACAUCACGAACCAUGAGAUUCAUCGGUACGACUCGGACUUGAAACAGAUGAACGAGAAGCUGGAGGAGGCCAACGAUGGCGCCAGUGAGCGUAAGCCAGUGCUCGCGGAAAACACAGGAUCAGAUGCCAUCAAUAGUGGUGGUCCCAGGAUAGAGGUCACGGGUGACCACCACAGCCGUCUCUCAGUUCUGCCGAGUCAUGCCAGACCACGGGCCUCUUCAGAUAACUUGGCAGAGCCCGUUCAGACCCCUAGCACCGAGAACCUACAGUCCACGACCAGAAAAUCCCAUCGACAGCAUGACGGUGCCCGCACCAGACGCUUGCGCCGCCGAUGGUCAGAAGCCAGAAAAGCCCAGGACAUCCAGGAGGUCUGGUUCAGCGGCGGCCAUGGGGACGUUGGUGGUGGCUGGAAAAAGAUACAUGAGCACGAAAAGAUGCUCAGUCAUGUGCCGCUAGUCUGGAUGGUCCACGAAGCAGAAAGGGCAGGUUUGAGAUUUGACCCUGGCAAAAUGGCCGACCGUUCCUGUCUUCCUGACAAACUCGAUGACUAUGGCGAGCGUCUGGAAGAUAAGGCGUCCUUCGAGGAAUUUCUCCGCCAUCUAGAAGACUGUCACACGAACGGUGUGGUGCACGAUUGCCUCGAGAUCGGCCAUGGUUUGACCUGGGCCAACGUUGCCUUCUGGAAGAUGAUGGAAUAUUUGCCUUUCCGGAGGAUGGACCUGCACCAGGGCAAGUGGAGGGCAAUUAGGUGGCCCCUUCCCAUGGGCGAGACUCGCGAUAUUCCCGCUGAUGCGCAGAUUCACAACUCCGUCAUCAAACGUAUGCAGAUGUGCCCGGAUUACCGACCAGGAAAUCUCAUCGUCGGUGGCGGUGGCCGGGGUGUUCGUAGAGCCCCCAAGAGGUACAAAACGGGCGAGUGGGUGGCUCAUUCGUGCGAAGGGGAUCCGAUCAAGGGAACCUUUGUGCGAAAGUACUCGCCUGAAGAAGAUCGAAAGCGGCACUCAUAG